GCUGUGCUUUGCUCUGUGAGCUGCUUCUUUUAUUCAGUUGCUUUCUGUGUGCUUUAAGAACUGCUGUUACUGAACAGGAAGAAGGGUGAAAUUUGGAAGUUUUUUUUGUGUUCCGUGUUUCGACUGUGAAAAUCGUUGAAAGUUUUGGAUUCUUCUACGAGUGUCGUUGUUGAAGCGCUGAAACGCGUUUGCUCGCUUUUCGUCUGUGGUUUUUCCUCUUACUUAUGGCUUUCUUUCGCGAAUCGUGACUGCGAAUCAUGUUUUGGGUUUUAAUGGACGCUCUGAGCCUGGGUAUUUGAAGGAUUUCUUGUUCAGUUGACCCCUGAAGGACACUGAGUGAUUACUGGUAGACUAUGACUUUGUACUGAGUGAAGGUCUAACUCAUCCAAUACAUCUGAGAAGUUGAUAAUUUUGUGAUUUCCGGUGUUAGUUUCAAAGAGAUGGAUCGAAAAGACACGUCUGGAUUUGUCAGCGGAGGUUGCUUGCACUACAUGGGGUCCAUGUUGCUUUAAUUUACCACAUUGAUUUUUUCCUUUUUUUUCCCGGAAGUCAGGCAGGCUUUAUCACUUUUGGAGUUAAGAAGAGUUAAGACCAUAGUAGCGUCUUCAAGAAGUAAGGAGCCUAUGAUGGAUCCCAGGUUUAAUCACCUCGGAUUUUCUUCGCAACCCAUGUCUGUAAAUGCUUUUGAGAAUUUAGGUAAAGGCAGUGUAUUCCUAUCAGGGCAUUGUACAGAUACUGUCUUGAGGCUGGACUCCCCUGGUUCUGUCACACCUCAAUUUCCACCACCAAAGGGCAUAAAGAGGAAGUUUGGGGAAACCAUUGAUGGGUCUUUACUAGUCCUUGGCUUAGGCCGAUCACCCAGUACCUCGGAUACGAAGGAAAGCUCAGAGACUUGCACUCUAACAUCAGCUAAAGAAACUACAGAUGAAGAGACCUCCAUGGAUCUGGGCUUGAACUUUAGUCUUCACCUUAGCAAUGACAAAAGUACAAGCCCCAAUGGACCGCCGCCGAAUGCUCACAAAGUGAUGGACAUGGAUUCGACAUUUCACCUCCAGUUGAGUCUUUCAACUGGACCUGCAGAGUCCGAUAUCACCAGUAUCACUCCAGCAUCCGUUGUUAACCGGAACACAAAUGAAACCGUUUUAGUUGAUGACGGUUCGACAUGUUCUCGUUGGGCCUCGGGCAGUCGUCUGCCCCCUGCAGUAGAGCGAGUCUUUGAUCUCAACCAAAGUUCAGCUAAUGGUGAUCUUAACGAUGACGUUCCAGCAUUAUCAAAUGUAACUCCGGUGCCGAAAGGCCCAGCUGCCUGUACUUCCGGGCUUACUCAACCACGUAACAAUACCACAAAAACCUGCCAAUUUGCAGGAUGCGGGAAGGGAGCAAGGGGUGCCUCCGGGUUGUGCAUUGCCCACGGAGGAGGCAGGAGGUGCCAGAAACCUGGCUGCAACAAAGGCGCCGAGGGGCGGACAGUGUACUGCAAAGCCCACGGCGGUGGCCGGAGGUGCGAGUACCUCGGCUGCACCAAGAGUGCGGAAGGGCGCACCGACUUCUGCAUUGCUCACGGAGGCGGGAGGAGGUGUGGCUUCUCAGGAGGUUGCACCAAGGCAGCCAGAGGGAAGUCAGGCUUGUGUAUCAGGCACGGUGGGGGUAAGAGGUGCCAGAGGGAGAACUGCACCAAGAGUGCAGAAGGGUUAUCCGGGCUGUGCAUCUCUCACGGAGGCGGCAGGCGAUGUCAGUUCCCUAAAUGCAACAAGGGUGCACAAGGCAGCACCAUGUUCUGCAAGGCGCACGGCGGUGGCAAGCGGUGCACCUUCCCCGGGUGCACGAAGGGUGCAGAAGGGAGCACGCCUCUGUGCAAGGGGCAUGGUGGCGGCAAGCGGUGCUCCUUUCAGGGCGGUGGUGUCUGCACCAAGAGCGUCCAUGGCGGGACGAAAUUCUGCGUUGCUCAUGGAGGUGGCAAGAGGUGCGCGGCGCCGGACUGCACCAAGAGCGCCAGGGGAAGGACUAACUACUGCGUCAGGCAUGGAGGUGGCAAGCGGUGCAAGGCAGAGGGCUGUGGCAAGAGCGCCCAGGGCAGCACCGACUUCUGCAAAGCGCACGGCGGUGGCAAACGGUGCACGUGGGGACAGCACCUCGGCCCAGCCGCCGGUCAAGGCGUUGCUCAGGGGCCCUGCGACAGGUUUGCGCGGGGAAAGACUGGUCUGUGCCAGGCGCACAGUGCGUUGGUGCAGGACAAGCGUGUGCACGGUGGUGGCACGCUCAGUCAGGCCACCGUCUCUUCCGCCCGCCACAACCGAAAACUCACCAUAUCUGAAGUGGUCAAGGAGAAGGCAGAAGUAAUGCACAUAGAUUUUGCAAGUGGGUGCGGUGGAGAAAGCAGCCUGGCAGCAUUCGGGCUCCUUCAGGGCACCUCUAAAAAACCUGUCAUCGUGCAUGGUCCUUCGUAUCCUGUGGUCUCCCUGCAGUCUCCGGCGGAAUCUUGCCGGCGCAGCGACAAUGCCACUUCAGUGCCUGAAGGAAGAGUGCACGGAGGAACUCUGAUGGCGUUGCUUAGGAAGGGUUCCUUCAACGGUGGAAAUGAUCCAUCGGAGCCCAGCCCAUCUUACACCGUCUCGCGCUGGCCGUGAAGUUAGCUCCGUCAGUCCUGCUGCAUAGGGGUAUUUUGGGUGGUAGCAGUCAUAGAGGUCUAGUGUCUCAAAAGGUCACGGUCAUGGUUUUGGUUUUCUCAUUCCCCAAAGGUAAAAAUAAAAAUAAGCACAUGGCUCGAAACUAAAAUGGAUUUAGUUCUUGUUAUUUCAUUACUCGAUAAGCAUUUGCCCUAAAACCCCUGAAGCAAUAAAAGGGGUUUUACUUUUUAGGUUGUGAAUUGUGAUUGGGUCGUCUAGCUGUUUAAAAUCUAUGCAAUGUAAAUAUAUAAAUGUUCUCAGACAUGUUCAGGUCUAUGUGAAUAUAAUAUUGCUGGCUUCUCCUGUCUUUGUA